ACCUUCCUAUCAGAACACGUAAGACCAUCGAAGAGUUUGUAUCCAGCCUUGGAAUGAGUACCAUCGAUCACAAUCAACCUUUAGAAGUUACUAGAACUUCAAGUCCAGUAAAUAAUACAAGAAUAACUACCGAUACUAGUACCUCUCGUGCUCCAUUAACUACUCUUCAACAGCAAAAUAAUAGCGACAUCCCAGAUAUUAGUUCUACCACUAAAGUAUCAAAAAUACCAAGUAAAAAAUCUCGAGCCUCUG